AUGAUAAUUAAAAGAAUAAAAACCUUUUUGUUCGUAACAUUAUUAUUUUUUUCGACAUUUUAUGGUUCUAUAUUUGUUUUGUUUCCAUUUGUUUUUUGUAUUAAAUUAUCUCCAAAUAUAUGGAGAUUUAUUGCUGAUAGAGCUGUAGCAUUUUGGUUAACACUUCCAGCGGCAUUAUCUAUUAUAAUAAUGAAUCAUCGUACAAGAUUAGAUUGGAUGUUUUUAUGGAAUGCUUUAUAUAAAAUAAAUCCAUGGUUAUUGGUUACUGAAAAAAUUUCAUUAAAAGAACCAUUAAAAAAUUAUAUUGGAAUUGGUUGGGCUAUGCAAUGUGCGGGUUACCUUUUUUUACACAGAGAUUUUAAGACAGACCAAAAAAAUAUGGAAUUAGCUAUAGAAUACUACUCAAAAAGUGGUAAUAAUUAUCAAAUUCUUUUAUUUCCGGAAGGUACUGAUAAAGGAAAGUCUGCUACAGAUAAAAGUAAUGAAUUCGCAAGAAAAAAAGGUUUACCACAAUAUGAUAAUGUUUUACAUCCCCGAACUACUGGUUUUGAACACAUGAUAAGUACUAUGAAAAAAUAUAAUUACAUAAGUAGUAUAUAUGAUGUAACUGUUGGUUAUGAUGAGAUAACACAAUCUGAAAUUGACUUAAUAAUUUCUGGAAAAAUUCCAAAAUUUAUUCAUUUUGAUGUAAAACGUUAUAACAUCAAAGAUUUUGUUAUAGAUGAAAAAAAACAAAUAUUUUCAUCAAAGGAUAGUUGUAUAAUUAAGUCAAGUCCUGGUGACUACCUAAAAAAGUUAUGGGCUGAUAAAGAACAAAAACUUGAAAAAUUUUAUCAACAAAAAAAUAUUAGCAAACGUUGCUUUUUGGCUGAUUCUUUAGAUGAUAUUAUUCAUGACAACAAAUAUAUAAUGGGUGAACCGGAGACAGUAACAACAUCGCCAUUUUAUUUUAAAUUAUGUGGAAUAUUUAUUGCUUUUCUACUAUUUCUUUCUACAUUAUUUGGUUCUAUAUUUAUGUUAUGGCCUUUCACCUUUCUUAUUGUGAUAUAUCCUUCAUUAUGGAGGAGAUUUGCUGAUAUUUUAGUUGGUUUGUGGUUUUUAUUUCCAGCUGGUCUUCUUGAAUUAUGUUAUGGUAUUAAAUUUACAGCUACCGGUGACUUGAUAUCUCAUAAAACACCUGCAAUUAUAAUAAUGAAUCAUCGAACCAGAUUAGAUUGGUUAUUUUUUUGGAAUGUUUUAUAUAGAAUGGAUCCUAUUCUUUUAACAACUGAAAAAAUAAUUUUAAAAUUUUUUUUAAAAUUAAUUCCUGGUGCUGGUUAUUCAAUGUGUUGUAAUGCUUUUAUUUUUUUAAAAAGAACAUUCUUAAAAGACCAAGCAAGUAUAGAUACUAUUUUAACAUAUUAUAGAGAUACUCAAAAUCCUUAUCAAAUAUUACUUUUUCCUGAAGGUACUGAUAAAGAUGACUUAGGUGUUGCUAGAAGUAAUGCUUAUGCUGAAAAAUUUGGUUUAGAAAAAUAUGAAUAUGUUCUUCAUCCAAGAACAACUGGAUUUAUUCAUAUUGUAAAAAAACUUCGUGAAUUAAAUUAUAUUGACUUUAUUUAUGAUGUAACAGUUGGGUAUGCAGAUAAAAUAGUUCAGGGAGAGGAUGAUAUUGUUAAAUUGGGAGUUUUCCCAAAAAAUAUACAUUUUAAUGUUCAAAAAAUUAGUAUAGAAGAUAUUGGUGAGAGUGAUGAAGAAAUUGAAAAAUGGUUAAAAGUAAAAUGGGAAGAAAAAGAAAAAAAACUUAAAGAAUUUUAUAGUAAUGAUGAUCCAAAUUUACGUACGUUCCAUAAAAAUGACAAGACAACAAAUCAUUUUAUAUUAACUAAUCAUGCCAAAAGAGAAAUGGUCAUGACAAUUGUAUUUUGGAUUUUGAUGGUUUGUAGUAUAUUCUAUCUAAUGAUAACAUACAUUCCAUUUGUUAUAUUUUUUUGUUCUGGAUUUUUAUUUUUUACUUUUUGUCAAAUAUUUGCGGGGGGCAUAGAAUUUAUAAUGCCAAAAUUUGUGAAAUCUAUAGAUAAUUACAAUACUGAAAGGAAAAACUUAAAAACAUGA